AUGGCAGCCCACUUGAGCCGGUUGCAUCACAUUUCACUCCACGUUACAAACGUGGAUAAAAUAGCGUAUGAACUUGUUUCUAAAUUUAAGUUUAAUUUAUUUGUUGCGAGGCUGACGGAGAAGUCAAAACAGUUGGCUUUCAGGAAAGGAGCGGCAGUUUUCGUCGUCAAUGAAAGACCAAACCUGUCCCCUCUUCAAUUGAAUGGAGAAACGCUAUCGAGCAAGAGAGGGAAUUCUCCUUCAGAAUCGGAACCGGGAUGGACUGACAACAUUCAAACCGGGGAAAAGAACGAUAAGGAUUCGACAUGUCUCUACGAUGUCCACCCACACUAUUCCGUUGAUACCGCGUCUAACGUCUGUUUCGAAGUAGAGGAUGUGGAGAGGUCAUUCAAGUCCCUUCGCAACCUUGGCUGCGAUUUCCUGGUGCCCCCUACAGAGGUGUGUGACGAGAAGGGGCUUGUCACCUACUCUGUCGUCAAGUCAAUCAUGGGAAAUGUGAACCACACGCUCAUUGACACGAGUAAAUACAAGGGGGACUUCUUACCCGGCUUUCAGGAGGUUGAAAACGUGACGGACAAUUGCACACCAUUGGCUAAGAGUACAGACUCUUGUCCAAUCACUCACUUUGAUCACAUCACCUACGCUUGCCCAAGACGGUGCACACCUCAAGUGAUGAGGUGGUAUGAGAGGCACUUUGGCUUUCAGAGGUUCUUCAUUGACAGGAAUGAGGAUGUGGACGAGGGCUAUGUUCUGAACCAGGAGGGCAUUGGACUGCGUCUCACAGCCAUGGAGUACUGGAAAUGCAGUGAAACAGGAAUCAAGCUUCCCUUCACAGAUAAGAAAGAACCGGACUGCAAGUUUGUCAUUGCAGAGUCGCUGCCUGAACAAGGCAGGAACCAGGUGGAUACCUUCCUGGAGCAGCACAGAGGACCAGGGAUCCAGCACAUUGGCUUGUACACACAGGACAUAGUGUCCACAGCACAGACCCUGGGUCAGGCGGGAGUCCACUUCUUCUCUCCGCCGCCUGCCUACUACACGGAGGUGGGUAAGCAGCGGGAGAUGGAGGACGCAGGUUACGACCAGAUGCUGUCUCAGCAUGGCAUCCUCCUGGACACAGACCUGCGCCAGGCCCAGACUGACGCCUCCUGUCAGACUACAGACACACAGAGGAAAAGAUACCUGCUCCAGGUGUUCACCAAGCCCAUCUUCUCAGAGGACACCUUCUUCCUGGAGCUAAUAGAGAGGAGAGGGGCGUCGGGGGUUCGAGAGGGGAACAUCCGAGCCCUGUGGAGGUCUGUCCAGGCAUACAUGGACACAGAGAGGGCAGAGGCCGAGGCACAAGGAGAGAACACAACUGAACCACAGAACACAACCCCAGAACCGAAGCACAGAACACAACCCCAGAACUGAAGCACAGAACACAACCCCAGAACCGAAGCACAGAACACAACCCCAGAACUGAAGCACAGAACACAACCCCAGAACCGAAGCACAGAACACAACCCCAGAACCGAAGCACAGAACACAACCCCAGAACUGAAGCACAGCCACAACGCGUAACAUUUUACAGCGAACACUGCAGCAGAAGUGAAGUCCUUCCUCCGCUACUCUUUCCUCUGCGUGACGGCUACAAUACGUCGAGUUUCCCAGGGGGGGGAAGAUGUGAAGCGCUGGGGAAGCGUUGACGCCAGCUGUAGCCUAUUGCGUGAAACAAUGUUGUGUAUGUCAACUAUUGCAUGAUUGUGUUCAUGAGUCUUAUUAAAUGUGUAUGUUUACUGCUUUUCAUGAAGUCAUGUAUGGCUAUAAAUAUUGUUAUCGCCCAUAUAUAAAUUCAUUCAAAUGGGCAGAAAAUUGUAUGGCAUGGCCUAUAUACAUUUGUUCAUAUGGGCAGAAAAUUGUACCCUAGGACUAUAUAAAUUGUAGGCUAUGUGUGGAAGCCAGGAGAUGCUAAAUGUGUUUAUGUUAAUUAACGGUCAAUUACUGUGAGAC